AUGGCUAAGAAAGGAGGAAAGAAGAACAAGAAGGGCAGCAAGCCCGCCGCCGCUGCUGUGGUAGACAACGUCAAGGACGUGGUCGAACCCGAUCAGGUUGAGGACCAGGUCAAGCAGACCGAAGGCCAGACUGAGAUCGCCGAGCAGACACAGGUGCCUGAGACUGCGACACAGCCCACCGAGACCGUCGCCGAGUCCACCAAGGCGCCCGAGGUCAUCCCCUUGACCGAGACUCCCGCAGCUGAGAUCCCAGCUGUGGCAGAGACCGAGGAAGUGGAUAUCAAGGAAGCUCUGAAGGCCGAUAAGGUGCCCUCGACGGAGGGUACAGUCGAGGAGGCGGUGGAAAAAGCGCAAGCCUCCAAGGCUGGCCAGAUGGGCGAGUUGGAAGGUGGAGCUGCUGCCGGUACUGCUGUCCUCCCAGAGACGACCACCAAGGAGCCCGCUUCGAUCGCCGCAACCGGCGUUCCCGAGACAUUGGUCGAGCGUCCCAAGACCUCGGAAUCAACCACCGCCCCUGCUGUCGUUGCGCCCGAGCCUGUGGCCCCUGCUGCUGCUGUGCCUGUUGCUGCCCCCAUUGAGAGCGAUGCUGCUCACAAGCGCCCGUAUGAGAAGCCCAUCUUCAACACCGAGGAGAACCUGAAGCCCCACAAGAUGCCCAAGACCGACGAGGAGCCGAUCGCGGCUAGCGUGGCUGAGGACAAGAAGACCAUUGAGAACUUGGCCGGUGUUGGACCUGCUUCGGCUGCUGCGCUCACAACCCCUGAGCCUGCGCCUGUUCAGGCCGAGGCAUUCACGGUCGCCGAUACACCCAAGGUUGCUGAGACACCCAAGAUCGUUGAGGAGAAGAAGGUCGCCGAAGCACCUAAGGUUGCUGAGGAGAAGGCUCCUGCCCCCAAGAGCACCGCUGCUCAGUCUGGCGCCAAGUCUCCUUCAUCCCCCGUAGCGGUCGCCGCCGCAAACGCUGCCCUCCUCUCUUCCAGGGGUGACAAGGCUGCUGCUCCGGCGGCUGCUCCAGCCGCCGCCCCGGUUGCCAAGGAGGCCGAGCCCAAGAAGCCCGAAGCUGCCUUGAAGCGUGGCGAGGAGCCGGUGCGCAAGGCUGACGAGGCCCAGCCAGAGCCUCAGCCCGAGACCAAGGCUGAGCCUGUCAAGGAGGAGACUCAGAAGCCAUCCGAGACCGCAGCAGAGCAGGCCGAAAAGGCCGAGCAGGCUGAGAAGAAGAAGGGCGGAUUCCUGUCCUGGUUGAAGCGCAAGUUCAAAUAA